UCCUUGUUCCUUUCAGACCCACGCAGAACUGCUGAGACUUGACGGCGGUUGGAAAACAUUUCAAAAUUGGUCAGACGAAGCAAUCAUGUUGGGAUUAAAGAAUCCAACUGCCUUUCCUGGUGGUCUUCACCUCUUAAGUGUUGCUGUACUCUUACUAUUGCACAUGGACCAAGUGCAUACAGAAAAUCUGAAUGAGGAGCAUGCAAAUAAAUCAGAUUGUACUGGUUCCUACAUUUGCAAGAAAGGGGUAAUUUUGCCAAUCUGGGAACCUCAAGACCCUUCAUUCGGUGAUAAAAUAGCAAGAGCUACUGUAUACUUUGUGGCUAUGGUCUACAUGUUUCUAGGAGUAUCCAUCAUAGCUGAUCGCUUCAUGUCGUCAAUAGAAGUUAUUACAUCCCAAGAAAGAGAGAUAACAAUCAAGAAGCCCAAUGGCGAGACUACCAAGACUACUGUCAGAGUUUGGAAUGAGACUGUUUCUAACUUAACACUGAUGGCUCUAGGCUCUUCAGCACCUGAGAUCCUCCUUUCUGUCAUUGAAGUGUGUGGCCAUGGCUUUAAUGCAGGAGACCUUGGACCAAGCACUAUUGUUGGAAGUGCUGCCUUUAACAUGUUUGUCAUCAUAGCACUAUGUGUCCAUGUCGUCCCCGAUGGGGAGAUCAGGAAGAUAAAGCAUCUCCGUGUGUUUUUUGUCACAGCGGCUUGGAGCAUUUUUGCCUACACUUGGCUUUACCUAAUCUUGUCAGUCAUAUCUCCUGGGGUCGUAGAGGUAUGGGAAGGCUUGCUCACCUUUUUCUUCUUCCCUAUCUGUGUAGUGUUUGCAUGGGUUGCUGACAGAAGGCUUUUGUUUUACAAAUACGUCUACAAAAAGUACAGAGCUGGCAAACAGAGGGGCAUGAUAAUUGAACAUGAGGGUGACAGGCCGGCCUCCAAAGCUGACAUUGAAAUGGAUGGGAAAGUGGUUAAUUCCCAUGUCGAGAGCUUCCUAGAUGGUACUUUGGUCCUAGAGGUAGAUGAGAAGGAUCAAGAUGAUGAAGAAGCAAGGAGAGAAAUGGCCAGGAUUCUUAAAGAGCUGAAACAAAAGCAUCCAGACAAAGAAGUGGAACAAUUGAUAGAACUAGCUAACUAUCAGGUUCUGAGCCAGCAACAAAAGAGCCGAGCCUUUUACCGUAUUCAGGCUACUCGCCUAAUGACCGGAGCUGGCAAUAUAUUGAAGAGACAUGCUGCAGAUCAAGCAAGGAAAGCUGUCAGUAUGCAUGAGGUCAACUGUGAAGUGGCAGACAAUGAACCGGUCAGUAAGGUCUAUUUUGAACAGUGCAACUACCAGUGCCUUGAGAACUGUGGCACGGUGGCCCUAACUGUUGCCCGCCGAGGGGGCGAUUUGACCAAAACUGUGUCUGUUGAUUUCAGAACAGAAGAUGGCACAGCCAAUGCAGGUUCUGAUUAUGAAUUCACUGAAGGGACUGUGAUAUUUAAGCCGGGUGAGACUCAGAAAGAAAUACGGGUUGGUAUAAUUGAUGAUGAUAUCUUUGAGGAAGAUGAGAACUUUCUUGUUCACCUAAAUAAUGUCAGGGUCUCCUCUGAAGAGUCAGAAGAUGGUGUUCUAGAAGUGAAUCAUGUUGCAACUGUGGCUUGCCUGGGGUCACCUGCUACUGCCACUGUCACUAUCUUUGAUGACGACCAUGCUGGCAUUUUCACCUUUGAGGAACCAGUCACUCAUGUGAGCGAGAGUGUGGGAACCAUGGAAGUGAAAGUUCUACGGACAUCCGGAGCACGAGGAAAUGUUAUUGUGCCCUAUAAAACAAUUGAAGGCACAGCCAAAGGAGGUGGAGAGGACUUUGAAGAUACUUGUGGGGAGCUUGAAUUUCAGAAUGACGAGAUUGUCAAAACGAUAUCAAUCAAAGUAAUUGAUGAUGAGGAGUAUGAAAAAAACAAGACCUUCUACAUUGAAAUUGGGGAGCCCCGUCUGGUGGAGAUGAGUGAAAAGAAAGCCCUGUUGUUGAAUGAGCUUGGUGGCUUCACAAUCACAGGCCAGCCUGUCUUCAGGAAGGUUCAUGCUAGAGAUCAUCCUUUUCCUUCUACUGUAAUCAACAUUCAAGAAGAGAAUGAUGAGAAGCAGCCAUUGACAAGCAAGGAGGAGGAGGAGCGUCGCAUCGCAGAAAUGGGGCGCCCAAUUCUAGGGGAGCAUACAAAGCUAGAAGUGAUUAUUGAAGAGUCCUAUGAGUUCAAGAACACUGUGGACAAGCUCAUCAAAAAGACAAACCUCGCUCUUGUGGUUGGAACGAACAGCUGGAGAGAACAAUUCAUUGAAGCUAUCACCGUCAGUGCCGGUGAGGAUGAUGACGAUGAUGAAUGUGGGGAAGAGAAGCUGCCCUCCUGCUUCGAUUAUGUGAUGCACUUUCUGACUGUCUUCUGGAAAGUCCUUUUUGCCUUUGUCCCCCCAACAGACUACUGGAAUGGUUGGGCUUGUUUUGUUGUAUCCAUCCUAAUGAUUGGUCUUCUGACAGCAUUCAUCGGGGACUUGGCAUCCCAUUUUGGCUGCACCAUUGGCCUGAAGGAUUCAGUAACAGCAGUUGUUUUUGUUGCAUUGGGAACUUCAGUGCCAGACACAUUUGCCAGUAAAGUAGCAGCAACACAAGAUCAAUAUGCAGAUGCUUCCAUAGGUAAUGUCACCGGUAGCAACGCUGUGAAUGUUUUCUUGGGGAUUGGCGUAGCCUGGUCCAUCGCUGCCAUUUACCACGCAGCCAACGGCAAUGUGUUCAAAGUUGACCCAGGCACACUGGCUUUCUCUGUCACCCUCUUCACUAUAUUUGCUUUUAUCAGUGUUGGCGUGCUCCUCUACCGGCGGAGACCAGAGAUCGGAGGUGAGCUGGGGGGGCCACGGACUCCCAAGAUUCUGACCUCGUGUCUCUUUGUGCUCCUUUGGCUCUUAUACAUAUUUUUCUCAUCUCUGGAAGCCUACUGCCACAUACAGGGCUUCUAAAGGAACUAUUGGAAGAUAGCAUCUAUAUGUAUCUAGAAAGAGAGAAAGAGAGCGAUAUAGAUAUAAAUCUUAUAUUAUUGAAUGGAGGAAGAAAAGACAUUUGCCAUGUUCACUUAUCUACUGAUGGAAUGUAGCUUUGCGGUAGAAGUUUGAAAUCUGCAGGACUUCACCAGGGGCAGCACUAUAGGAAUGGAGGCAUGGAUGCAGGGCCAUCUUUGCAACUCUACCUAAAAGAUCAUGAUGGAAUUACUUUAUAUCCUCCCCCCCCCCCAUCUAAGGAUCGAUGUGACAAAAGGCCGGGGUUAGCUGUACCAUGUUUGGCAUGUGACUUAAAGAGGAAUUCUUGACUUUCUUUCGAAUAACUUUGUUGCCUUCUUCAUAUCUCAAGAACGAGCUGAAUCAUCACCCUAAAAGAAACAAGGGAGUUUGUGCUGCCAUACAAAGUCCAGGGGAUUUGCAGCCCGUGCUGGUUUUUGUUUUUCUGUUUUGCACUUAUUUCCUCCUACACUGCCCAGCCUUUAAGAGUAAGUUCAAAUUUUACACAAAUCCUCUUCCUGUUUUUUUUGGGGGGGGGGGUACGCUAUUUAUGAUCAGCAUAUCCAGUUUCCUUUUAAAAAGAAAAACGAAACUUCUCAAACAAUAUCUGACCAGCGCUCCAUUUGCUCCUGGACUGUGGAUUACAGGCUUUUGCCCAAAGCCCUAAUGUCCAACUCCUGCUUUAUUUUAUUUUUGCUGUUGUUUUGACAGAUCUGGUCAGAUUGGAUUCCAGUGGCCUCCCAUGCCUUUCCUCCCUGCCAGUCUUUGCUGCUGCACUCCUUUUCAUUACUCCUGUUUGGGAAUGCUUUCAUGGUACUUGUUGUAACACUUUGCAUGAACAAAGCAAACCAUAAUCUGUAAUAUAGCACUGGAUAGCGAUAGUCUGUUCAGCAGUGCCGUUUGAACAUUGAAGAGGCAAGCGUGUUUUCUUCCCACACUUUUUUUUCCGGUCUUUUUUCAUUUUCAGUGAACUGGAUGAGAGGCAGGAAGCGGUUGGUAUUCUAUUGUUCUUCAUACAGUCCCUAAGAAGCAAUAACCAAGAUCUGUGGAGAUGCAGAUGUUUUUAAAGGGAAGAUUCUGUGCAAGAUGCACCAGAUAGGGUCAGGCCAUUGUAGGAAACCAUGCUUAGGAUGAACAUGAACAUAGAACGCUGCCUUAUCUUGAGUCAGGCCAAUGGCCCAUCUAGGCCAGUAUUGUCUGCUCUGGCAGCUGCUCUCCAAGGUCUCAGGCAAAGGCCUUUCUGAGCCCUGCUGCCUUUUAAUUGGAGAUUGCAUGGAUUGAACCUGGGACUUUCUGCAUGUGAAGUGUGUGCUCUGUCAUAGAGCUUUGGAGGAGUAGAGCCUGCUUUGUAACUAGUCUGUAUGAAUUAAGUGGAGCUUAGCAUUGUUCCUGCUAAGAGUUUGUUAUUGGGUUGGGGGCCUAAAUAAACAGACUUGGGUUUGGGGUUUUUUGGCAAGCUUCAGUUCCCUCCCACAAUGUAUUUAUGCUGCAUUUUCCUCUGUCUUCAAAUAGCUGAUGCCAAAUGCUUGGUCUCCCUGCUUAUUAUUGUCAAUACUGCAGCACUAUAAAAACCUGUAGGCUGAUGUGGUCUAUGUGAAGGGCACCUUGACGGCAGAUCAAUUCAAAUGUAGUGCUCUGUGGUAGAUUUAAGAAUUAUAUCUCCUCCAUCCAUCGACCUUCAGAGCAGGAUAGCAUCCUGCUUAGCAAAGUGACAAAUCUUGCAUUGUCCAGCAGUGAAUACAUGUAUACCUAGGAGUUAGAGGUUUAACUACUGUUAUUUAUUAUUGGCAAUGUACUCCAUGCUGCACAAUGCACAGAGAGAUCCCAAAACAGCCCCUUCUCUGGAGAUGUUACCAUCCAGCACACGGGUACAGUGCAACUGAUAGACCUGAAAGUGCUUGUUUUAUUGCUAUUUUUGUUGUUGUUUUUCAUUUCCACUCAUCUUUUUCAUGUACCAAUUUUAUUUUGCCUCCUUUAUUGCUGUUUCUGGAAAGGAAAGGGUCAGAACAAGGGGAGUUUGUCAUUGGAGAAGCACUAAGGGCAGGCAGCAUGGAAGGAGCCAGAUGUCAGAGUUGGGACAUGGAGGGGGAAAGGCAGUGCAACACAGCAGGAACCAAAGAAGGGAGAUGGAUGGGGCUUGGGUUUGCUGGGCCUUGAGUUCAAUCACGAGAUGCCGUGCCAUUUGGCAAGUGCUGCCAGGAUCACUGAGUUACUAUAGAAGAUGGGAACUGUAGUCGCUUAGAGCUAGCCAGUGGGGACAAAAUGGGUGCUCUGGUACAGCCAAGAAGAAUGGUUCAAGCAGGCAGAUUAACAGGGCACAAUGGAAGAAGGAUUAUGGUGAGAGAAGCCAUUGAAACUGUUAGCUUUUCUACCCUAACAAAGCAACAAAGUUUCAUAGUGAAUACAGGAGUACCUCCCUGAGGAAAAAGCACUGCGCUGUUGUCCUCCCAACUACAGUUCAUUAAAAUGGACAGAACGACAGUUUUUUGUAUGAAAGCAACACACCAAGGCUGCUCCUUCCCUGUUCACAUGGCAGAGAGCAUUUUGGAGGGGUGGGUUGCACAUCUAGAACCCCAAGAAAUGAACUCGCUUGUAAACAUACCCUUAGCUGCAGUCCCGUUUGUCAGUAGUGAGCAUGCAGUACGUCUGCUUUUCAAAAAGGUAUAUAUAGAAUGGAGCAGCUGCAGAUUAGUGAAGAGAAAUCCAUACAUGAUUUUCAUAACCCUAAAAUGUUAGUCUUGCUUAGGAAUGUUAAGGAGUUGCCUUGUCCCAAGUGACACAGUUGGUCCAUCUACUCCACUGCUGUCUUCUUGGACUAGUAGUGCUCCUUUAAACUUUUCCCAAGCUUGCUUCAGUUAGGCAUGCCAGAGACUGAAACAGGAACAUUUUUUGUAUGAAGCAUGUUCUGUGCCAUUGAGCUGUGGGUUUGACUAUUGUAGAGUCAGUGGUGUUGCUUGUCUUCAAAGAGAAGUGAAUUUGAGCAUGCCCUCCCACCCACCCAUUUAUAUUUCUUUCAAAGCAUCUAAUAGCAGUAUCCUGGUGCAUCUAUUGAGCCUUCUUAGAUCCUCUACAGAUUCAUUGAUGCACCAUGCCCUAGUGAAGUGUGGAUCUCAUCAUGAGCCGAUGUUUUAAAAAGUACGUGUGAUGGGAACAGAGCAGUUGUAUGAAUUAACACUAAGGGCGGAAAGUAAUAAAGACUUUCACUUUUUAAAAUGAGUGAAAAUGGAGCCCUGUAUCCAUAGGCCAGAACAUCAAUACCUGUAGAAAAAGAUAAUUGUAUAGCCAUCAAAGGAGUGGUACAUGUUUGCUACCAUGGAGAAUCAAAUCUGUCAUUGCUUUUUAAUGGAAGAUAGACCAGGAAGGAAAAAAAACAGAGGAAGAUAAAUGUUCUACUUAUAGCAACAUCUUCGUAGACGUGGGGCUUCUGGGUGCAAUCUAGCUUCUUUAAAAUCAGUGUGUAAAGCUGGAAUAUGUCCACUUGCUCUGUCUUGUGGGUGCAUGGACAGUAAUGGGUACGCUGAGCCCGUGCUCAAAAAUGUCCCCCAUUCGUUGCCCUAGAAAGGGAAAAGCAUGUCAUCCAUUUACAUGCACUGGGAAGUCUGUAAACAUGCAGCACUCUUAAUCAGGCCUAUUCUUCAUGAGUGAUGAUUGCAGAAAUUAACCACAGUUGGCCAGAUGUAUGGUAAGUCCUUCUGGUUCAGCUGAAAAGUCAUGAAUGAAAUUUUCAUCACAUGGUUGAAAAUGGAGGAUGGGCUAAGCGUUCAUUCACUUUGAACAAUCUGUGGAAUGCUUGAAUUCUAUUUUUGAGUUUUUCUUUUAGAAUUGAAUGAGCAAUUUUUUCUGUAAAUCAGUUUUCACUUUUGAUGAGUUCUUUUUUGUUUGGUUUCAUAUGAUUUGUUCAUUAUAAGGGAAGAGAAUUAAGCAAUUAUUUGGGUUGUUCAGGGAUUAUUAUUAAUAACAGUAAUUGUUACAAUGUGUAAAUUUAUUUCAUUUCAUCUGUUUGCUUCCUUCAUUUUUAUUUGUGUGUAUUGUGCACAGAACAGAGAGGCAGUGAGUACACUAAUUGUGAUCAAUGGUACACUGAGGCACAGAAAAUAAAUUUAUAAUUGGUCCUGA